AUGACACAGGAACAACAGGGACUCAGUGAUGCAGAAUUCGCAGAUACUUAUAAAAAACUAAACGAAGGAGAAAAAACUGCAUCAAAAUUAGAACAAAUGCUGGAUAAUAUUGAAUCCAAAAUGGAUCAAUUAUUAAAAGAAGCCCAGGAUUUAGGUAAAUCUCCUGAAGAAUUAAAUGAAAUCCAUAAAGAAUUAGCUCAAGUGGAAAAAGAUUUAGAAAAUGCUACAAAAGAAGAAUAA